AGCAGCAGCUACAACAACAACAACUAAAUGGAUCGUUACGAUAUGGAGGAUGUUGUUGUUGCGCCACCGCCCGAACACGACGGCAGUUCGCCGUUAAAGGAAUGGCGCCUCAAACUUCAGGCUGGCACAUUGACACGCAACGAUUUCAUUGAGUACUUCAAAAAGGAAUCGCCAAAGUAUUUCGAAUUUCAAACUGAAAUGGAAACAGAUGCACCAUAUACACCAACUUUGAAAUGCAUGUUCAAAGAGUCUUUGGCCAAGGAGGAGAUCAUCGAUGUCAUGGUCGAGUUUAUGCUGGGCGAUAAUCCGGUAACUGCACUCGAAAAGCUACAACUUGAGGGUAAUACGGCCACCGUUUGUGGCAAGGUGUUUAAGAAUGGCGAACCCACAUACAGUUGUCGUGAAUGUGGCGUCGAUCCGACCUGUGUAUUGUGUGUCAAUUGCUUUAAGCGAUCGGCGCAUCGUUUUCACAAGUAUAAAAUGUCCAGUUCCGGCGGUGGAGGAUGCUGUGAUUGUGGCGACGACGAAGCCUGGAAGAGAGAUCAAUAUUGUGAGCUGCAUUUGGCAAAUCGCAAGAAUCCGCUGGAGAGCAAGAUUAUAACGAGCGCAGUGUUGGAACGUGCUGAGAUUUGUUUCAGCGCUAUUCUGUCAUUUUGUGUCAACUAUCUGGAGAUUGAACCGAAUGCGAGUCUCCAGUGUCUGGAUGGUGAGCUGGAUGGAGCUAAUUUCUGCACGGUAUUGUACAACGAUGAGUCGCAUACGUUUGAUCAGGUCAUACAGACGCUGACAAAGAUCGCCAAAUGUCGUCACAAGGAUGCCAUGGAGAUUGUUGCAGCGAUCGAUCGCGAGGGUCGCGCUGUUGUCAAGUGUGACACGUUCAAGGAGUGCAACGACCUGAAGACGGCCAUUGAGAAUCAAAUGAUACCGCCCUCAGGUCUAUUGACCAAUGCCCGUCAUAGUCAAUCGUUGCGCACAUCUGUGCUCAACAUUAACUCGGUGGCAUGCCAACAGUUUGCACUGCAGCUGCUCAGCUGGUUCCAGGAGUUCCUUGUCCGUCACUAUCUCUUCCGCAAGAUCUUUGCCACAUUGAUGCAGCAAAAGAACGAAUCGUUUUGCAUACGCCUGAUCCUUGAAUAUGAUGUUAAGCUGUGGAAGACGGCACGCACCUGCUGGCAUCGUCUUCUCAUCUCCGGCAUGCUCAUGGAGUACGAGAACAAAAUGGUUCUGGCACAGGAAUUCUCUCGACGCUAUGCGACCAUUGUCGAGGACUUUAUCAGCGAUGAUCACGAUCAUUCGUUCUCGAUUGUGUCGCUGAGUGUGCAACUCUUUACAGUCCCAAGCAUUGCCCAUCAUCUGAUCGCCCAGGAGGGCAUUUUGGAUAAGCUCCUGCACACCUUCUAUCAUGUGGCCAUCGAGAAGUUCAUCCAUAACCGCAGGCUUCACUUUAGCAAGAAUAUUGCCAGCAUGGCAUUCUUUAAGCGAGCCAAUUACAUACUCUAUGAUCUGCGCUAUCUACUCGUCCUUAAGCCGGAAGUUCUCAGCAAUGAGCUGCGCAGCGGUUUCCUUGAGGGCUGCAAGGCGCUGAUGCGGGUGCUGAAUGUGAUGCAGGGUAUGGAGUCAAUAACUCGUCAGAUGGGCCAGCACAUGGAUUAUGAGCCGGAGUGGGAAUGCGCCUUUAACUUGCACAUUAAACUGGCAUCGACCAUAUCACAGGUGAUCGAGUGGGCGGCAAGUGAUGUCAAGCUAUUGAGGAAGCUCUAUAAGAUGACCGUGCGUUCGCUAGUGACCAACAAUUUCAUUGUGGGUAGCGAGAAGGUUGAGCCGAAGACUGUCGCUGGUCAUGUGGCAAAUUGUCUAAUAUAUGAUGUGUCCUUGCGGCCGGUUUCAAUACAUUUACCGCUGUCCCGUUUCUAUGCGGGCAUCUAUCUGCAUCUGGGUACACACGACUUGACCUACGACGGCCUGCAGGCGGAGACGGAGGCGCUUAACAUUAAACUGACGCCAAGGGAGAUUAUUGAGCCAGUGCUGUGCACACAGGCGAUGAUUGCACAGGUUGCCGCCGGAAUGUGGCGUCGCAAUGGAUACUCGUUGCUGCAUCAGCUCUAUUUCUAUAGGAAUGUGCGGUGUCGUGUCGAGAUGCUGGACAGGGACAUUGUUUGCCUGCAGAUUGGCGCCUCGCUAAUGGAGAGCAACGAAUUUCUCAUUCAUAUGCUUAACAAAUUCAAUAUGAUCGCCUGGGCACAGCCCAAUUAUGAGACGGAACUGGCCCAAUCUCCAAUGGAUGAUGAGUUUAUGCGUCAAGUGUCCAUGACCGAUGAGUUCCUUGAUCUGUUGAUUGUUAUCAUUGGCGAACGCUGGAUGCCGGGCGUCUCGAUUGUCAGUGAGGAGGAUCGUCUACGUAAGGAGAUCAUCCAGCUGCUCUGCACUAAAUCUCACUCCCACUCGGAGCUAUCGCGUGCUCUGCCCGAUGGCAAUGGUGGCAGCAAUGAUAGCAUCAUCGAGGAUGUCAUAAACACGGUCGCCGUGUUCAAGAAACCCGUUGGUGCCGAAAGCAAGGGCGUCUACGAGCUGAAGGAGCAUCUGUAUGAGGAGUUUAAUGUCUAUUUCUAUCAUUACACCAAGGAGGAAAAGUCCAAGGCCGAGGAGUUGCAACGCGAACGGCGCAAGGCGAAGCAGCAACUUGUCUGCUGUCCGCCACCAAUGCUGCCACAGCUGACACCAGCAUUCAAAUCCAUGGCAAACAUUUUGCAGUGCAAUGUAUUCCUUAGCAUCACCACAAUGGUCAUGGAUCGUGCGCUGGAUGCUAGCAGUCGCUCCUUCACCGAGAGUCACCUGCAAAAGGUGCUGCAUCUGCUGGGCUUUGCCAUUCAGGAGGAGCUCAGUGAGCAUUAUCCUUUCCUUAGUUUCUAUGAGCGUUCACAAAAGUUUGGCGUGCUGGAUAAACUGGAUGAGUUGGCCCGUUGCUCACGGCUGGAGGCACAUCGUGACUUUGUGCUGUGGACUAUCAGGCGGUACAAGGAUCUACAGGCGAAGCAGGCGCCCAACGUUUGCUCCACAUCGACAGCGGCAAGCACAUCGAGCGGCAUACAGCAGUCACAGCAGUGCGAGGAUCUGCCAUUGACUUCGGAGCAACAGGCAAGACUCGAUAAGGAGGCCCGUUCACGUUUGGCAGCCGAAAGGCGGAACAAAAUCAUGGCACAAAUGCAGAAUGCCCAAAAGUCGUUUAUGAUGAGCAAUGCCGAGUUGUUUGCAAUCACCAGCAACGAGGAGAGCGGAGCUGCCUCGAGCGUCCAAAAGCCAGGUGAUUCAUUAAUGGACUGGGAGGAUACAGCAGAUCCACGGGAGGAGGAACUGGGUGCUGCCGCUUUAAUAUCACCAACAAGCGAGUCGAUUGCCUGUUUGGGCAAAUGGCGCGGUCAGUGUGAGGCUGGAGAUAAUAGCUUCAAGUGCAUUUUGUGCUUUGAGGAUUGCAGCAUUAGCAGCCAAGGACCGCCGUUGGUUAGCUCGGCGUUCCUGCAGACAUCCCGAGUGAUUAGCUCCAAGUCCAGUGUGGCUGGAUUAAAGGCGGCACUGCAUGUGAGCUGUUGUGGUCAUGUGAUGCACUACAAUUGCUGGAAGGAGUACUACAGCAGCGAGGAGUCCAAGGAACUGCGUCGUCCCCAGCGGAAUCGUGUAUCUCUGACCCAGGCACAGAACGUGGAGUUUCACUGUCCCUAUUGUCGCACAUUGAGCAAUACUGUUUUGCCUGUCAGCGAGGCAUUGGCCAAGUUCUCGCCUCCGCAUCCGUCUCAGCCUCCGAUGGCAUCGACAUCAACUGGUGCUGGUGCCGCCGAGAACGUGCUACCUUUGGAUUGCUUUGUGGAGAUCAUGCGCACGCUGGCCACCGAGUUGAAAACCUUUCAGACCAUUUCCGACAAGGAUCUUCCCCUAUACAACAAAUACCCAAGUUGCAUUGCCAUUCUACGCAAAUCCAACAUCAUUGGCGACGUCGCACAGUUGGAGCGUAGCGCACAGAUUAUUGAGAAACCAGUGAUGAAUCUUAAUUGGACCGAGGUAAUGGACUCCUUCCACAAGGCAAUGCGCAAUGCGAUGCAAAGUCAAUUGCAGGGCACUCUGAGUAAGGAUACGCCGAACACCGCUGACUUUGAACUGGACACCGUCUCCCUGCUCUGGGAUACGUGCAGUUAUACGCUGCAAGCUCUGGAGAUCUAUCUGUAUGCCAUACAGAAACCGUUGAAGGCCGAGCUGCCCAUGAGGCAUCAGAGCUGUGCCAGCAAUUUUGUACGCGCCUGCGCUCUCUACUCCGCUGAUCUGAAGCAGGCCCAGAUUCGCAGCCAAAGCGAACAGGCUGCCAAGCUCCUGGACACGAUCUUUAAUCAGAAGGGGCCGAGUGUGCUUGAAUGGGACUGCUUCCACAUGCUUGUUCAGCUGAAUUUUAUGGUGCCCAAUCUAAUGGUCGCCGCUGAUGCCAAGAAGGCGAUUAUUCCGAGUGGCAGCAUGUUCGAUUUCUAUAUACUGCAAACAUGUUUCCUGGCUAAUAUGACAAAGGCGGUGAUUUACUUUGACUAUGACAAGGAGCUGGAACGCCGCAAGGCAGCGCAUGGUGAUGAUGAUGAUGACAGUGAGGAUCGGAUGCAACAAUCGACGUCAACGUCAGCGCCAGCGCCAACAAUGUUGCAAUAUGUGGAGCAGCUGUCGCCCAAAAUAAAGCACAACAUGGCCACGUUUUAUGUGAAACACAAUUUGGCAGCGCGUCUUCGUAACUUUGAGCGUGAUGGACGGCGGCGUGAGGAGUACGAGGAAAUGGGUAUGGGCAUGGGCGUGGAGGCGUCUCCAGAGGAUUGCACACUGAAGCAUCUGGCAAUGCUGCUGGAUUAUGUGCAGCGCCAGAUGAGAUCGUUCUUGCGUUGCGCCUGCCUAUUCUAUCGCUGCAUGACCGAUGUUGAUUUCCCCAGCACAUUUCCCACUGACAAACCCGAUCGCUUUGAUUUAAUGUGCCA